AUGGCCCCCCUAGACAGUUCUACUGAUAACACUUCAACACCAUCCCCAUCAGCUCUUAAUUCACCACCAACUUACCCAACUUUUGAUCUGAAUGACCCACUGCCAGAACCAGAACCAGAACCAGAACCACAACCAUUACCAGACUUACAAGUUCAACCACAACAAGAGGCCUUUGAUCUUAACAGAGCACCAGCAACAUCAAGUGAAGAAGAAGAAAAUAACUUCUCAGCAAUGGAACAUGGGAAUGAUGAAGAAGAGUUGGUGGCUGAAUGGUUAGAUGAUGAUUCAGAUGUACACGUCUCAGAAUAUGAUUGGACAGAUAGUGAAUCAGAGGAAGAACAUGAAGAACAUGAAGAACAUGAACAACAUGAAGAACAGCAACAGCCAGAAAUAGUGGUCAACAGCACACAUUUUUUAACAACAACUCAAGAUGUCAUGUUGCAAACAGGCUACAACAAGUGGACAAUUGGAAGAAUAUGGAAGAAGUUAAGACAACAACUUCAAGAAGAUGCAAGAAUAGAUGUGAAUCACAGAAAAACAGGGAGGGUAGGAAGAAAAAGAAUUCAAUUAGAUCCUCAAAGGUUAAUGGCAAUUCCUCUAAGAAAGAAGACUACUAUAAGAGCUACAGCAGCAUCCCUAGGCAUACACAGGUCUACAUUGCACAGAUUGGUGAAAAGGGGAGCAAUCAAAAAACACACUAAUGCCAUAAAACCACACCUGACUCCAGCACAUAAAAUUGCAAGGGUUUUGUGGUGUUUGGGUUCUAUCAUACCAAACACUAUCCAAACAAUACCAAAAUUCAGCAACAUGUAUAAUUUGGUGCAUGUGGAUGAGAAAUGGUUUUGCAUGAGCAAAAUUUCUCAAAGGUACUACCUAGCUCCUGGUGAAACAGAGCCAUAUAGAAGAUGCAAAAGCAAGAGGUUCAUUGUCAAAGUGAUGUUCAUAGCUGCACUAGCAAGGCCACACAUAGCACUAAGUGGAGAGGUCAGUUUUGAUGGGAAGAUAGGCAUCUUCCCAUUCAUAGAAGAGGUGGCAGCAAAGAGGUCAAGUUGUAACAGAGAUGCUGGGGUGAUUGAAACCAAAGCUCAAUUAAGCAUCACAAAAGAUGUCAUAAGGGAGAAACUCAUAAAUCACAUACUGCCAUCUAUAAGGAACAAGUGGCCAGAUAAUGGAUGCAAGCAAAUAUGGAUUGUCCAAGACAAUGCAAGGCCACACAUAGCAAGUAAUGAUGAGCAGUUCAUGAUGGAAGCACAAAAAGAUGGUUUUGAUAUCAGAUUAAUCAAUCAGCCAGACAGUCACCAGAUAUGA